AUGCGCGCGCCCUGCCGUUCAUCGCGCGCACCCUGCUUCGUCGCCGCGCGUGCCUUAUUUUCGCCACGCGCGCCUUAUUUUCGCCCCGCGCGCCCUGGUUUCGCCGUCGUGCGCCCGGCCUCGCGUGCGCCCUGCUUUGUGCCCAUGCGCGCUCUGCUUCCCCCUGGUUGCGCCCGCCCUGCCCCACGUGGCUGCCCUCCUUGUGGCUGCCCUUCCACUCGCGAGCGCCUCCUCUCCUCCCGCCGUGCUCUCCCCUUCCUCAAUCCGUCCCCCCCUCCUUCCCCCCCUCCCUCACCCUCCUCCUUUCCACUCUCCUUUGCGCUUGAAGCACCGCCUUACUUCUUCCUCCUCCUAUUUCCUCUCCUUCUCUACUACCCUUCCACACCAUCCGCCCCUUCUCCCUCCUCCUCCUCCUCCUCUCUUCUCUCCCUUCAUUCCCCUCCCCAUCGCACUCUCUCCUCCGCCUCUCUUCUCUCGUCUACUGCUGCAGCUGUUGGUUGCCAGCCUUGCUUCGUAGCCGUGCUCCUUCCCCACUGUGUUCCUCCGCCUCUAUUUUCUCCCCUCAGCGGCGCAGCAACAGACUAUUCCACUGUUAUCCCUCCUCUUAUUUCUCCCCACAGCGGCGCAGCAGCAGACUACUCCGCCAUUAUCCCUCCUCUUAUUUCUCCCCCCACCGGCGCAGCAACAGACUAUUCCGCCAUUAUCCCUCCUCUUAUUUCUCCCCUCAGCGGCGCAGCAGCAGACUACUCCGCCAUUAUCCCUCCUCCUCUUAUUUCUCCCCUCAGCGGCGCAGCAGCAGACUACUCCGCCGUUAUCCCUCCUCUUAUUUCUCCCCUCAACGGCUCAGCAGCUGACUACCUCGUCCAUAUUCCUCCUCCUCUUUUAUCUCCCCACAUCUGCUCCAUUGCUACCCCCUUCCCCCGAUGGGGCCUAUUCUCGUUCUUACCUCUCCUCCUCUGCGCUUCCGCCCUCACCCGUCUCCUGCCGUACCUCCUCUCCUACCCUUGCCUUUCCUCAUCUCCGCUCCCUUCGCUGCCCCUUCCUCCCCUUGCACCUCUCCUACUUGCCUAUGGACCUCCCAUCUUCUCCGCCCCUCUGCUUGGGUUCCGCUAUCCCAUCACUGUCGCCACUCUUGUGCCGCUGUCACCUCUGGUAUUGGUUCUCUGGCCUCUGUCUUCAAUGUAA